AUGGUACAGGACACUAGACAGUCACGCCAUCGGAAUGCAUCUGCAUCCCGCAAGGCUAAGCUGGCACCGAAAGUGAAUGAGUCUGAGAAAACUAGCGUGUCGUCGCUUUAUGGCUUAUCUCCAGCGAUGGUAAAUACCGCCAUUACUGUUGGCCUUUGUGCUACCGCCUUUUACGUGCGUGCCUAUCAGAUUGAAUUGCCAAAUGAGGUGGUGUUUGAUGAAGUGCACUUCGGAAAGUUUGCUGCGUACUACGUGACCAGAAGAUACUUUUUUGAUGUGCACCCACCGCUAGCGAAAAUGAUGAUUGCAGCCGUUGCGUGGCUUGCUGGGUUCGACGGCAAGUUUGAAUUUGAUAACAUCGGUGAUUCAUACAUUGAAAAUAACGUACCAUACAAACCAAUUCGGCUGUUCAUUGCUGCUGUCGGCUCACUGCAUGUGCCGCUCGUGUUCCAGAUCUUGCGUGAGACUGGCACAUCGACCACCAUGGCGCUCAUAGCAGCACUAGCCAUCUUGUUUGACAAUGCUCAGGUGUUACAAUCGCGACUGAUCCUGCUGGACGCGCCUCUUGUCCUGUUUGUCCUGUGCAGCUUGUAUUCGUAUGUCAAGUUCUACGCACAGCGCUACCGCCCAUUCCAACCUGCUUGGUGGGCGUGGCUGACAGCAACGGGCGUGAGCUUGGCAUUGACGAUCUCGUGCAAAAUGGUCGGCUUGCUGACAUUCUUUACGAUUGGUGGUGCCGUACUAUUUGAUCUUUGGAAUUUGUUGGACAUCCGCCGUGGUCUUUCUAUGCGUGUGUUCGUAAAGCACUUCUGUGCACGAGCUUUAUGCCUUAUUGUGGUCCCGUUCCUGAUCUAUCUAAGCUUCUUCUACAUCCAUUUCUCCGUACUCACACAAACCGGCUCGGGCGAUGAUUUCAUGAGUCUAGAGUUCCAACAGACACUCAAUGGCAAUGAAUACUUGGAGACACCCAUCAGCAUCCACGCAUACGACUCUAUCACUCUUCGACACGUGGGCACGAAUGCAUAUCUCCAUUCUCAUCCGAGCAGGUACCCGCUGGAAUAUGAGGACGGUCGGAUCUCCUCUGAAGGCCAGCAAGUCACUGCCUAUGAGCACCAGGACGACAACAAUCUUUGGAGGAUCGAGCCCGUCGAGCCAGUCGACAACGAAGAUGGCUCAUUCAAUGAGACUCGCCGCAUGAUUCAUCACAACCAGUUAAUCCGACUCUUGCAUCUUGGAACGAACACAUAUCUUAUGACGCAUGACGUGGCAUCUCCCCUAAUGAUGACGAACAUGGAGUUCACAACAGUCUCCGGCGACAACGAGCAAGAAUACGCCAACACCUUGUUUAAGGUUAUGGUCGAAGGUGCUACGACUGAUGACAUUGCUUGGGAUAGUCGCCGUACAUCAGUGCGCCUCGUACACAAUGACACAGGUGUUGUCAUGUGGACUCGCGCGGACGGCCGUCUUCCUGACUGGGGGUAUGGACAGCUUGAAGUGAAUGGCGACAAGAACCAAAGAGAAAAGACGGCUAUCUGGACUGCCAUGGACGUUAGACCGGACCCUGAGUCACCGUUGUUCGAGAGCCGCUCGAACAUUCCACAAGAACCUCUUGCUCCUAUCCCGCGAAGCUUCCUCCAAAAGUACACUGAAUUACAGGGCCUCAUGCUAUCACACAACAAUCAACUCACAAGCAGUCACCCAUACGAUAGCCGGCCACAGUCGUGGCCCGUUGUGUACGAUGGCGUCGCAUAUUGGUCGAAGGACGAGGCGCAGGAACAAAUCGCCUUUUUCGGCAAUGUCGUCAGUUGGUGGUGUGCAUCCUUUGCUGUUCUUGCUUUCGUUGCCAUCUUUUUCACUGACUUGCUUUGCCGCCGCCGUGGCUUGUAUUACUUGUCGACGGCCGAGCGAUGUCGUUACUUGCACACAACGGGCUUCUUUGUGUACGCAUGGGCAUGUCAUUAUGUGCCAUUCUUUCUUAUGCAUCGACAACUUUUCAUUCACCACUAUCUUCCUGCGCAUGCAUGCUCAGUGCUUGUCUUUGCAGGCAUGCUGGACUUUGUCACGAGCCGCUCUAUCGACCUACCGAUUACUCCUGCGGGACCGGAGCUCCCAGCGGAGCGACGUCGCCCGGUGAUGAGGCGACGUCAGGGCCGUUUGGCCCAGGGCUUUGCGUUUGUCUUCGUUCUUUCCCUGGUGGCCAUGUUCCAAUUCCUCUCGCCCUUCACAUAUGGAAACGUCGGUUUGAGUGAAGCGGAAGUCCGCGCCCGACAAAUUCUGCCUUCCUGGCGGCUCCAGUUUCUUAAAAACUAA